CAAAGAAGCCGCUACUGAGCAUGCGCACACCCAGAGGCGCCUAAGGAAUUCCGCAAGGACAGGGAGGUAUCCAGAAAAAGGAAGUGGGUGCUGUUGUCGUUCCAGUGAUUAAAUGCCCACUGUCUUGAAAGAGCGUGGGUGAGGCGCUGGUGAGUGCAGGGAGUUUCCGAGGGCUGAGUGCAGAGGUGUCUCUGAUGUCCAUGAAGAACAAUCGGGGAUCAGUGUCUUUCAAGGAUGUAACUGUAGACUUCAGCAGGGAGGAGUGGCAACAGUUGGACCUUGCUCAGAAAAGUCUAUACAGGGAUGUAAUGCUGGAAAACUAUUUCAACUUGAUCUCAGUGGGGUGUCAAGUUCCCAAACCAGAAGUCAUUUUCAACUUGGAGUGGAAAGAAGAGCCAUGUAUGUUGGAUGGUGAAAUCUCAAGCCAGAGCUAUCUAGAUCAGGGUAUUGGUUUUGAAACGUCACAACAGGGAAUGUCUGAAGAAGUUUCAAUCCAGCUUGAGAGAAUUAAUCUCUUCACAAGAGAUGACCUGUAUUCCAUUUUAGAAGAAUUGUGGCAAGAUGAACAGACUGGGAGAUGUGAGGAAAACCAGAACAAACAUUUAAUAAGUCAUGUUGCCUCCAUCAACAAGGAUAUGCUAGCUAAUGAGGGAGACUGUGAAUAUAAUAAAGACAUUAGGAAAAUAUUUCAUGUAAACACAUACCUUGUUCCUUCAAGAAAAAGACUACAUAACUAUGACUCAUUUCAAAAGAGUUUGAAGCCUAUUGUAAGCCUAUGUAAUUAUAAUAGAAACAAUGCAACAGAAAAUUUUGAUAAGAUUUUUGGAUAUGGUAAUAUCUUCACUCAUAUGAAUUCUCAUACAGAAAUGAAUGCUUGUGAAUAUAAUCAAUGUAAGAAACUUCCGAGUCAUAAGCAAACUCUCAUUCAACAUCAAAAAUUUCAUGGAGAGAACCUCUACUUAUUUUCUGAUUGUGUAAAACUUUCCACCCAUAAGUCACACCUUUUUGCACAUCAAAGGAUUUAUACUGAAGAGAACCAUCAUGAGUGCAGCAAAUAUGAAACAGUCUUCACUCGGAAGUCCCAAUUUGCUGUACCUCAGGUUUAUACAAGAGAGAAACCCUAUAUAUGCACUGAAUAUGGGAAGGACUUUUCUCUUAACUCAAACCAUGAGAAAACUCCUCACACUGAGGAGACUGACUGUAAAUGCAGUCCACAUGGAAAAGCCUUUAUCCAGAAGUCAGAUCUGUUCAGACACCAGAGAAUUCAUACUGGAGGAAAAAAAACCUAUUAUUAUAGUGAAUGUGGGGAAAAUGUCUCUCAGAAUUCAAACCUCAAUAUACAUAAAAAAGUUCAUACUGGCGAGAAACACUUUGAAUGUACUGAAUGUGGAAAAGCUUUCACAAGGAAAUCAACACUAAGUAUGCAUCAGAAAAUUCAUACAGGAGAAAAACCUUAUGUAUGUACUGAAUGUGGGAAAGCCUUUAUCCGGAAGUCACAUUUUAUUACACAUGAGAGAAUUCAUACUGGAGAGAAACCUUAUGAAUGCAGUGACUGUGGGAAGUCCUUUAUAAAGAAGUCACAGCUCCAUGUGCAUCAGCGAAUUCACACAGGGGAGAAUCCCUUUAUAUGUUCAGAAUGUGGGAAGGUCUUCACCCACAAGACAAAUCUCAUUAUACACCAGAAAAUUCAUACUGGUGAGAGACCCUAUAUAUGUACUGAAUGUGCGAAGGCCUUUACUGACAGGUCAAAUCUCAUUAAACACCAAAAAAUUCAUACUGGAGAGAAACCCUAUAAAUGCAGUGACUGUGGAAAAUCAUUCACCUGGAAGUCACGGCUCAGGAUACAUCAGAAAUGUCAUACUGGAGAGAGACAUUAUGAAUGCAGUGAAUGUGGGAAAGCAUUUAUUCAGAAGUCAACACUGAGUAUGCACCAGAGAAUUCAUAAAGGAGAAAAACCCUAUGUUUGCACUGAAUGUGGGAAAGCCUUCUUCCAUAAGUCACAUUUUAUUACACAUGAGAGAAUUCAUACUGGAGAGAAACCUUACGAAUGCAGUGAUUGUGGGAAAUCCUUCACGAAGAAAUCACAGCUUCAUGUACAUCAGCAAAUUCACACAGGACAGAAACCCUACAGAUGUGCUGAAUGUGGAAAGGCUUUUACUGACAGAUCAAAUCUCUUUACACACCAGAAAAUUCAUACUGGUGAGAAACCCUAUAAAUGUAAUGACUGUGGAAAAGCCUUCACUCGGAAGUCAGGCCUCCAUAUACAUCAGCAGUCUCAUACUGGAGAAAGACAUUAUGAGUGCAGUGAAUGUGGGAAAGCCUUUGCAAGAAAAUCAACACUAAUUAUGCAUCAAAGAAUUCAUACAGGAGAGAAACCUUAUAUUUGUACUGAAUGUGGGAAGUCCUUCAUCCAGAAGUCACACUUAAAUCGACAUCAGAGAAUUCAUACUGGAGAGAAGCCCUAUGAAUGCAGUGACUGUGGGAAGGCCUUUAUUAAGAAGUCACAACUCCUUGAACAUCAUCGAAUUCACACAGGAGAGAAACCAUAUAUGUGUGCUGAAUGUGGAAAGACCUUCACCAUCAGAUCAAAUCUUAUUAAACACCAGAAAGUUCAUACUAAACAGAAACCCUAUAAAUGUAGUGACUUUAGGAAAGCCUUCAACUGGAAAGCACAACUCAGUAUACAUCAGAAAUCUGAUACUGGGGAAGUAGAAUGCUCAGUGCCACAAUCAUGGUGUGCGGAUAAAAGUUUUGAGGAGCUAUAGCUUGACUAAGAAGCAAGAGGUAACCAAAGUCACUUUAUCUAGCCUGAAGUAUGAAUAUCUGGAUCUCAUAGCUGACGUCCAGUUUUAUACAUAUGGGGAGACACUCUGGAGAAAGUGUUUAAGCAGUGUAUAAUGGCCAUGCUUGGUUACUUGGGAUUGUCAAGCUCUUGCAAAUAAUAGUACAUUUGGAAGGAGAUAACUUGGCAAUCUUUCUUGUUUCACAUUUUGGAUAAGCAGCUUUAUAAAUCAGGGCUGUUGAGUUUUUCAUGCCCUGCAUAGCAAAAAUAUUCAAUGUUGACCAAAGGAAUUUCUUAAUGAACAGUGUUCUAAGAAAAUUUUUCAUUGUCCAAGCACCCUAAGGACACUGAAAUCAAGGCAAAAGUAUAGACAAUUCAGGUCUAUAAUGAAGAAAAGCUAGAAGUUUUUGUGAAAAUUGACAUUAAAGGCACUAAGAAGGACUCUACUUGUUUUUUAAUUUGGGAAGUCAGUAUUAUUUACUGUUUAUAAUGUUUAUCAGUGUGUGGAAAUUUGGAUUUGUAAAUUUAAAAUUUACAAUUUGACUUUGAGAUUGGCAAAUCAGAACCACAGACUUACUUGAAUAUUCACAGGCAUCUUUAGGUAACCAAUAUGUUCCCACGUUUACUAAUUCCCUGCCAUGGCAGCAGGUAACUCAUGCCCAAGAGGUAUAAAGUGCUCCCAGCCUAUAUCCCCAAAGUAAUCAAUGUUGUAAGCAGCACCCCAUAGACUACCUGUCACACUAGAACUGGCCCUGAGAUCAUGGAAUUUAGCUGCAGGUUACAGAUUUAGCACCCUGGAUUCUCAGCAUCUUCCACAGAAACCCCUAUUUUUUACUGAUUUCUGAUUGAAAAAGAGACUAAGAAAAUGAGUUUUAAAACCUAGAAUUCUUUCCUUCCAAUUUCGUUAAUGCAUUCUCUACAUAUUUAUUAUUACAUACUAGGUUAUUAUGAGGCAAUUGUCUUGCAUUUGAGCUUGUAUUCUUAGAAGAUAGCUGUACAUUUGGAAGAGUACUCCUAUUUCCUUUCAAUCUCUACAAAUUAAUCAAUUGUGUUUUCAGAUCCUCUAUAUUCUUAAAAAUUUUUUGAUCUUUUAUUCUAUCAGAUACUAAAAGAAUGUGUGUACUAAUCUCCCAGAAUAAUUGUGAAUUUGUCUCUCUUUUAGAGCUACCAGUUUUUGUUUUAUAUAUUUUAAGUCUUUGUCUUUACAUACAUUCAUAUUUAGAAUUGUCAUACUCUUUCUGGUUAGUUGAAACAAUCAUUAUAAAAUGUCUGUUUUUAUCUCUAGUGGUGCUUUUUGUCUCAAAAUUUGCUAUGGAAGAUAUUAAUACAAUAUGCAUACUGUACUUAUUAAAGGCUAAUGUAAAUUAGUACACCACUUUCUGUAUAAGGUGAAGAGUUAGAACAUUGACUUUAUUUCCUUCUUGACUUAUAUGGUAUUGGUAGCAUGCAUUUUAAUUCUGAAUGUAGUUGACACACUCAAUCAUUACUGUUUCAGAGUCAAUAUGCAUUUAAAUUAAUUCAUAUAUUUACCCUUUAUGUUACUUUUUUCCCUUCUUGUUCUUGAAUUUUCCUUCUAGAAUCAUUUUUUUUUUCUGACUGAAGAACACCUUUUAGUAUUUCUUUUAGUGUAUGUUUGCUAGUGACAAAUUGCUUUCAUUUGUUGGAAAAUGUCUUAAUUUUGCCUUCAUUUUUAAAGGAUGUUUUUACUGAGUAUAGAAUUCUAAGUUGGCAGUUAUUUUCUAUUAGUAUUUUGAGAUAUUUUGUUAUGAUUUGUAUUUCAUUAUUUUGUUGAAAAGUAAGCUUUCAAUCCAGUUACUUUUGAAGGUUAUGUUCCUUUUAAAAUUCUUCUUUUCUCUCCUUUAAAAUCUAUGUCUUUGUCUUAGGCUGUCAACAGUUGGACAGUGAUAUGCUUAGGUAUGAUAUUCUAUGUAUUUAUCCUGCAUGGGGUUUGCAGUGUUUUUUAAAAUCUGGAACUUAAUGGUUUUUAUCUUUGGGGUUUUUUUUUUUUUUUUGCACAUUUGGGGAAAUUUCUAGCUAUUAUUUAUUCAAAUUAUGCAUUUACUUCAUUAUGUUCCUCUCCUUCUCCUAGUGAUGACCCCAUUGUCUAGAUCCCAAUAGUAUUUUUCUGUUGACUAUUGUUUCUCUUGGGUUUUGGUGAUGUCUUGUCUUCUCAUAUACCUGGUGAUUUUAAAUGAACUGCUUAGACAUUAUAUAUUAAAAAUUGUAGAUAUGAUUAGAUGGUCUGGAUGAUAUCUUUC